UAAUGUUUCUUCAGGAGUUUAGAGAGCACCCCAACAUUGUCAAACUGCAGAAUGUCAUCAGAGCUCAGAAUGACAAGGACAUCUAUCUGGUUUUUGAGUACAUGGAGACGGACCUGCAUGCAGUGAUUAAGAAAGGCAAUCUGCUGAAGGACAUUCACAAGCGCUACAUCAUGUACCAGCUGCUGAAAGCCACCAAGUUUCUACAUUCGGGCAACGUCAUCCACAGGGAUCAAAAGCCCUCCAAUAUCCUACUGGACACAGAUUGCUUUGUGAAGCUGUGUGACUUUGGCUUGGCUCGCUCGCUCUACCAGAUCCAGGAGGAUGCUGGGAACCCUGCUCUGACGGAGUAUGUGGCCACACGGUGGUACCGCGCGCCAGAGAUUCUCCUCGCCUCCUCAAGGUACACAAAGGGAGUUGACAUGUGGAGUGUGGGCUGUAUCCUGGGAGAGAUGCUGCUGGGAAAGCCUCUGUUCCCCGGCACGUCCACUAUCAACCAGAUCGAGAAGAUCUUGAGUGUCAUUGCACCGCCCUCCCAUGAAGACGUGGUGUCGAUAAAAUCAGAAUAUGGAGCAACAGUUAUACAGAGAAUGCUGUCUCGGCCUCGGGUUCCCCUGGAGGAGCUGCUUCCUCCCUCAGCCCCCCCAGACGCCCUGGAUCUGAUCAGCAGGCUGCUAGUGUUUAACCCAGACAAGCGUCUAACUGCAGAGAAGGCUCUGGAGCACCCCUACGUGCGCAGGUUUCACAACCCUGUGAAUGAGCCCAGCCUGGACUAUGAUGUGAUUCUCCCCGUGGACGACGACACCCAGCUGUCUGUGGCAGAGUAUCGCAACAAGUUGUAUGAGAUGAUCUUGGACAGGAAGUCAAGCCUGCGGCUCCAGCUCAAAGCUCAGCUGAAGGCAGCUGCAGAGGGCAAACGCGAGGAAGUACCCCAAGGGAACAAUGCCUCCCAGCCUCCCACUCCUAAACCGGCCCCAGCACCAGCAGCUACAUUGCCCCCUCCUGGGGCUCAGCCACAGAGGGAGAAACCUGGGACCAGCCCUGCCAACAGUCCCAAAGAAAACAAGGCUGCAUACAACCCUAUCACACACAGCCCCACCUCCUACCCUGUCACACACAGCCCCACCUCCUGCGGUGCCUUACACAAUGGUACCAAACCUACCCAGAAUCCCCCAGGGCCCCCUCACCAGCGCAGUGCAUCAGUGAGCAGGAAGCCUGUCCGUCAAGCGAGCCAUGAGAACAUGGGUGUACAACUGCCAGCAGCAGAGAGCUCGAAGGGGGCCUUUAGUCAUCCAGCGGGGAGAGGGGCAGAGCAGCAGCGAGGCCGCAGUGCGCCUAUUGCUCGAGCGCGCUCUUUUAACACCCCCCAGAAUCGCUUGAACAAUCCCGUCAUCAGGAAGGACGAGCUGGACAUCACUGCAGGGAUCACUGUGGCCACGGCACGCCUGAACCAGAGGUCCCAUUCACAAAUGAGAGAGGCCCGCCCUGCCUGUAAGUUCAGUAAGAAGAUGUUUCAGACCACUUCAAACGUAGGGGCCGCCGGAGAUCCCAGAGCCAAGCUGGGCAGCUACUCACAGGCCUACGGGACCAUUAGCAAAACUGGACUGCAAAACCUGCUCCGUACCCCAAGCAACCAGUAGUGUCUGUAAAGGGACUGAGAUGAGAAAUAACAGCUAGGGGAAUGACGACCAGUGGAAUCCUAGAUCAUCCUAGAUCAACAAUACAUUUACCAGUAAUAAAAGUAAUUUUACCCUGUAAAGAGCAAGAACACUAUUGUCUUUAACAGGGGUUGGAAGUGGGGAGUAAAUCUAGUUUUACUGCAGGCAUUGCUGAAGAAACUCAUGGGGUUUACAGAGCACAUUGCUGAAACGCUUGGCACUGGAGUGAGCACAAAGGUGCAACACCAACUGUGGCAGUGGGCUUCUUAAUUAUUUAUUUUGGGUAAAAAAAGGCCCUGAAUAUUCCUGUGUUUAAUUCAGUUAUAAUUUGAUACAGACAGGAGCAGGGGUUACCACAAAAUUAAUAAACUGGGGAGCAAAAUAUACAUUUAUGCAAUAAAUAGUCGAACAGUAUGCAUUUGGAUUAAUUGAGUAUCUAAUGGUCAUCAAAUCAAAAUAAGUAUUUUGUCCGCCCCCCCCUCUCUUUUUGUAACUUUGUAUGUACAUUAACGGAUUUUCCAUGUCACCAAAAUUACAAGCUAAAGUAUAAUGUGCCUUUUUUUAUAUCUUAUGGAAUGCGAGUUCAUAUAUUAAUUCUGUUGUUUAUAUAUGGCCUAUAUCUGCUCUUUUGUUUGUAUUGAUACGAUCAAGGUACUUAAAUGACAGGGCUUUCCCAUUGUCUUUUGAAUCUGUGAAUAGUUUUAUCGGAAUCAUUUUAACAAGGAAUUUUUUGAUAUUGUUAAAAGUUCCAAAAUAUUUAAAUUUGACCUGCACUUUUGUGGAACAGUGGUGCUAUCUGCAGACAGGGGUGCAUAUAAUGGUAUUUGAAAAUGUGGAUCUGUAUGUCCUGAAAGUGUUUAUUCCAAGAAAUAUUUCAGUGUCUCUUACCUGUAGCCUGAUCAAUCGAGUAAGAAAGCUUUCGGAGACCAGAUUUGUUUCUUCUUCAUAGGUAGUCUUAACAACAUUACCUAAAUUGCAUAUAACCUUUGCUUUUCGUUCUCGUGUCACUGCAAAUCACUAGCUGUCUGGGCAGGGGAACCUCCAUGCUUUAACAAACAUUCUGUAACAGACUGAGUAAAUAUAAAAUUGGUUGCAACCUAUUUGUGUUUGCAACUAAGGUUUUACCCACCUUAAUCUUAUAAACCUGUUUUUGUUCAGUGAUUGGACUACUGUAUUUAGAUACAAACUAACAAACAUUUUAUAAAUGAAUGGCUCUUCAGGAACUAGGCUAUUUCGUCCUAAAAUAUCAUAUCUGUAAAUAAAAUAAUUUUAUAAUCCCAGCAUGCCAAUUGUUAAUUAAAUUAACACCUUAAUGACAUGCCCUACUUAGUGCUCCUUGAGAAAUAAAAUUAACGCACCUAAGUUUUUUUCCUAAGGGAAAAUGUACUUUAAGUGUUAGACUGAAAUGUAAUACUUGAGAUGUUGUGUAUGCAAUCCUGACUCAAACAACAACAUUGUCCUAGGACAUGCAUUAUGUUUUCCAGUCCAGAUUUUUAAUUUUGUGUUUGGUACAGGGAACCGGACCCACUCAAUAUAUAUAUAGCUUUUCUCCAUACUAAUUGCUGUGUUGAUUUCCUUUUGUACCAUUGUAAUUCUUGUAAUUGUAUUCUUAUGAUUUUUCUUUUACAACAUGCAAAUUCAAAAAAAUAUUUUUGUAAAUAUGUACUGUAUGUUAAUUAUUGCUCUCACAAUAAAUGUC